UUUCCCGGGUUCCAACCUGUAUACGAGUGCAUACUCAAUUCAAGUUAAUUCCCCCUGUCGCGACACACUCAUCCUACUCGCGCCAGCAGCGCUUGGCCAUCAUUUGCCAACCUGUGCACUCGUCCACAGGUCGCGCGUCCUGUUCAAGCUUGUAUUGGAGACCAAGUGUCUGGUAGCAAUGCGCACAAAGCAGUCGGCCGAAUUUGAGAAGCAGGAGAGCACGUGGAUCUACCUGCUGCACCAGCAAGCCCCACCUCAAACGUGUCUCUCGGGGGAAGCUUCUCUCGCUCUACCUCCUAUUAUCGAAACCGCGGCCAGUUCGAAUGACAGCGCGCUGUUCGACGAGUCGUCGCCCCCCACGCGCGGGUUGCUGCUACCCCCUCCAGCCGCUGCCGCCCCCACCAUGAUGCUUUCGAGUCAGGACAAAGUGCCGCAAAACAGUCUAUUGACACUAUCAUUUCCCCGUUUGAGUGACCUUGGCACAGCCAAGCACAGCAGCAAUAAGCGCGCUUGUUUUCCCAAGAAGUGCGACUUCCCCAUGUGCAAGAACAGCUCGCGGAGUCGUGGCUUCUGCUACAGUCACGGCGGUGGGCGUCGGUGUCGCGUGGACGGAUGCAACAAUGGAAGCGUGAGCCGUGACCUGUGCAAGCGUCACGGAGGCGGCCGUCGCUGCCGUAUCGCCGGCUGUAAGAGCAGCUCUGAGAGCGGCGAAGGGCGGAUUCUGCGCCCUUCACCUCACCGGCGAUCGAACGCCUCCAACUGA